GGUCGUUUCGCUGUCGUCCGUUCUUUGCUUUUUGUUCCUGCCCUUCGUUCCUCGCUCCUGUCCGGCCCCUCCCCCUGCUGUUCUGCUGCGUUUCUCAUUCGCAUUCGCAUCCGUAUCCGCAUUGCAUUCUUCUGCUUCCCAGCCACUGCUCUGCUGCCCCUCCGCCUUCUCAGCCUCAUUACUGUCACUCUUCCAUCGCAUCACGUCGCAUCGCAUCGUAUCGCAUCGCAUCGCACCCCAUCGAUAUCCCGCCCCAUCGCCGCUGCAUCCCACUUGCACCUCUGCUCCUGCUCUGGCGCCCCGGCCCUGAAUCUUGUCCACCGGCUCCGUCGCAGCCCUGCUUUCAGCCAUGAGACGCUCCAGAGACCCCAAGUUCAGCCAUCCCGAGAACGAUGCCUCCUGGUUCUCGCUGCUCUUCUUCAACUGGCUCACCCCGAUUGUCCUCAAGGGCUACCGCAACCCCCUUCAGAUCGACGACCUCUAUCCGCUCAACCCAAAGCGCACGUCCGAUGACAUGUUCCACCGCUUCUGGACCGCCUGGAUGGCCGAGCGAGAGCAGCACCCGCUGCCGUCCGCCGACGAUUCCGAGCCCGGCCCCAAAAAGGGCACCGCCUCGGGCCCGUCCAUGACCCGUGCCCUUUGGGUUGCCUUUGGCCGCGAGUUUGUCGGCGUCUUUUGCGUCCGUGCAGUCUCUGAGGGCUGCAACAUCGCCUCUCCCAUCCUCCUCCUCAACAUCAUCAACUUUGUCACGGCCGCCUACUAUGGGACCCCGAACAGACCUGAUUGGUCUGGCUUUAUGCUCGUCGCUGGCUUGUUCAUUAUCCAGGUCAUCGGCAGUAUCGCUCAAAACAAGUAUGCCGAGCUGGCCUUCAAUCUCGGAAUCAAGAUCCGAACGAGUCUCGUCGCCUCUGUCUACCAGAAAGCCCUCCGACUUUCCCAAAAGUCUCGCCAGAGAUACACCCACGGCAUGAUCGUCAAUCUCAUGAGUGUCGAUACCGUUCGACUCGAUCGCACUACGGCCCUGACCCAAAACGCCAUGGCCGCUCCGUUUGUUGCCUUGGCCACCACCGCCAUCCUGAUCUACCUUCUCGGCCCGUCCGCUCUCGUUGGCUUCGCCGUCGUUGCCCUCAACAUCCCCAUUCAGCUUACUUUCACUCGAUUCCUGGUCUCCAAGCGUCGCCAUGGCGCCAAGGUCACUGAUCAGCGCAUCAAGGUCGUUCAGGAGGGCAUCGAGGGCAUCCGAGUGGUCAAGUUCCAGGGCUGGGAGCAGGCUGUGUUGGAGCGCUUGCGCAAGUUGCGUAUUUCAGAGCUCUCGUGGACCAAAAUCAUCCUCCUGACCCGAGCCAUGCAGACUGGUGUUUCCACCCUUCUCCCUGCCCUCGCUGCCAUCUGUACUUUCAUCGUCCACGAAGCAAUCAAUGGCUCGCUGAAUCCGGCGGUGGCCUUGGCCUCGCUUGCCCUCUUCGACUGCAUGGCUUCUCCGCUGCGAUGGCUGCCCCAAGCCAUGGGCGCCAUCGCCGAUGCCUCUGUCUCGAUCAACCGUCUGCAAGGUCUCUUCCUCAGCGAGGAAAUCGUCCCGCAAAGCUACCUGCCUUAUGAGCCCAACCCCGAGAAGCCUCUGGACUGGGUUCUGCGAAUCGAAAAUGGUCUGUUCCAGUGGGCCGAGACCAUUGACGUCCACAAAGCCACCACCUCUGCUCCCGAAAAGAAGAUUCGAAAUCGCUUCCGGCAUCGCGCCGAGGCGCACGAGAUCGCACUGGAGAGCAAGGUGACCAGCCCACCCGUCGUUGCCGAGCUGUCCAACAUCAACAUCCGCAUUCCCGAAGGCGCGCUGGUGUGCAUCAUUGGUCCUGUCGGCGCGGGCAAGUCGUCGCUGGUUCAAGCCAUGGUCGGAGAGAUGGAGAAGUUUGGCGGUCGGCUCGAUAUCCGCGGCAGUGUCUCGUAUACCCCACAGAGUGCCUGGAUUCGCAAUGCAUCAGUCAAAAACAACAUCCUCUUUGGUCUCCCCUACGAUGAGGCAAAGUACAAACGGACCCUCAAUAUCUGCUCGCUGGAGAAGGACAUGGAGAUUCUGCCCGAUGGCGACGCGACCGAGAUUGGCGAGCGUGGAAUCACCUUGAGUGGUGGACAGAAACAACGAAUCAGCUUGGCGCGUGCUGUGUAUUUCGAUGCAGAUAUUGUGAUUCUCGACGACCCUCUCUCGGCAGUCGACGCUCACGUCGGCGCUCACAUUCUCAAACACUGCAUCUUGGGCGAGAUGAAACGCAAGACCCGUAUUCUCGUCACCCACCAGAUCCAUGUGGUUGACAAGGCCGACUGGGUUAUCUGUGUCAACAACAUGGGAAUCGUUGAGCAGGGCACAUACGCGGAUCUGAUGCAAAGCUCGAACGGAUAUCUCGCUCAAAUGGUUGAGCAGUACGGCCGCCAGGAGGCUGAGAAGGAGCAGAAAGGGCAGCAAGAAGAAGCCAUGGUCGUAGAGACCGCCGAGGCUGCCACUGCGGAGGCUACCAAUGCCGAGGCUACCAAUGCCGACCUCACUAUCCAGCCUGAAGAGAAGAGCCCGACAGAGUCCGAGAAGGCUGCCCCCAAGAACGACGCCCCCGCCAAGCUGAUGACAGCCGAGGAGCGCACCACCGGUAGCCUCCCGAUCACCAUCCUCUUCAGCUACAUCCGCGCGCUCGGGGGCUUCUUCCGUGCUGGUUCCGUGUUCCUGUAUCUGCUUCUCUCCCAAUCGUCUAACGCGGGACAAAAUUACUGGCUCACGAUGUGGAGUUCCAAGCAAUACCCAUUCUCUACUCAGGUGUACAUGGGUGUCUACGGCGGUCUUGGUCUGUUUCAGAUGGUCAUGGUUAUCUUCAGUGGCUACGCUGUGGUCACAACAUGCUUGCGAGGUGCCCGUUUCCUUCACGACCGGGCCAUCCGCAAGGUCUUCCGCUCUCCCGUCACAUUUUUCGACACUAAUCCCGUUGGCCGCAUCAUGAAUCGCCUCAGUCGCGACGUCAACGAUGUGGACAAUGAAAUCCCUGAGAACUUGAGAAUGUUCAUGGACAACUCGGCCGCGCUGCUGGUGGUCCUUGUUAUGAUUGUGGUUGUCUACCCCAUUUUCCUCGUGCCGCUGGUGCCCAUCGUCUUUGUCUUUUACAUGAUCCAGAAAUACUAUCGCACCACCGCUCGCGAGCUGAAGCGCUUGGAUAGCAUCAGUCGUUCCCCACUCUAUGCACACUUUGGAGAAACCCUGAGCGGUCUAGCCACUAUCCGCGCCUUCCGAGUCCAAGAGCAGUGCAUCCAAGAGAACAAGCACUACAUCGACUACAACAAUCGGGUCUACUACAUCCUCUCGCCCAUUCGCCGUUGGCUCGGCGUGCGUCUCCAGAUCCUGAGUGCCAUCGUUGUGCUCGCUGCCACCCUGAUCUCGACCCUCUCUCGAUACGGUACCAUUCUUCCUUCCAUUAGUGGACUGGUGAUGACCUACUCGCUCCGAGUAUCCUCCAGUCUCCAGAUCCUGAUGUUCCUGAUGACUGAAGUCGAAAUGCAGAUGAACUCGGUUGAGCGCUUGGCUUACUAUGGCGAGGAGCUGGCUGAGGAGGCGGCCGAGGUUAUCGAGGGCAAUCGCCCGUCCAGCGACUGGCCUGCUGCUGGCGAGAUCGACAUCAAGAACCUGACCCUCAAGUAUCGUCCGGAGCUGCCGCCUGUGCUGAACAACGUCAGUCUCAAGAUCAAUGCCGGUGACAAGAUUGGCAUCGUUGGAAGGACCGGCGCCGGCAAGUCCACUAUCCUGGUUGCGCUUUUCCGCUUGAUCGAGAUGGCCGAGGGACAAAUCAUCAUCGAUGGUGUCGAUAUCUCCAAGAUCGGUCUGCACGAUCUGCGCCGCCAUCUGUCCAUCAUCCCCCAGGACCCUGUUCUGUUCUCUGGCACGGUGCGAAGCAACCUCGAUCCCUUCGACGAAUACUCUGACCAGGAGAUCUGGGACGUUCUCAACCGCUGUGGCGACAUUGGCAACACCAUCAGCACCAACCCAGGCAAGCUCGAGAUGCUCGUCAGCGAGCACGGCGACAACUUCUCGGUCGGGCAGCGGCAGCUGCUGUGCCUCGGUCGUGCCAUGCUCCGGCAUUCGUCGAUUGUUGUGAUGGACGAGGCCACAGCCUCGGUCGAUCUCGAGACGGACCGCCUGAUCCAGGAAACCAUCCGCAACGACGAAAAGUUCAAGCACCGCACCGUCGUCACCAUUGCCCACCGACUCAACUCGAUCAUCGACUACACAAAGAUUGUCGUGAUGGGCCACGGCAAGAUCCUCGAGCUCGGCGCUCCCUGGGAGCUUCUGGAGCACGAGUCCUCUGAAUUCCACAAGCUGGUCAUGGAGACGGGCGAAGCGAACGCAGAGCUGCUGAAGGAUAUGGCUAUCAGCGCCAAGGAGGUGCAGGCCAGCCAGCAGUCGGGCGCCCAGUAAAUCCAUCGCCGAGGCAUGAUACCGGUCCUCCAGCCUCGUUCAAUGCCCUGUCCCGCCAUUUACCCCCCCCCAGUUUGACCGUUCCCCCACACAUGGUGCAUAUACGGUUACGCACUUCUUUCAUUUGUACCGCUUCAGUCAAUAUCUCCAACAACUCCGGUCUCGACAGUGGUCUAUGUGAUUAUGUGGCUCUGCGAGCGGGCGACCAUGCUCCCAAAGAAAGAGAGCGACCAUGCCCUCAAAGAAAAAGGGCGACCAACCCGAGCUCUUUCAAAUUGAUUCCAUUCCAUAUCAUCUUCAUCUUCAGUUUCAUUUUCAGUUUCAGCCUUAGCUUCAGUACCAGUUUCAGCCUUGGCUUCAGUUUCAGUUUCCAUUUUUUUCAGCUCGAGCACCCGCAUCGACCCCAUUUUCCGCUUCCUCUUUCCCACUCUGGUUGCCCUGGCACACCUCAUGCUCUUCAAGUCUUUGGACACAAUACAUUGCAAUAUCCCCCAAGCUA